CUGCCUACCAUGUCACCACAGUCUAACGUUGAAACGCUCGCCCGCAUCAUAACAGCUCUGGGGGAUGACACGAGCAGACCAGAAGAUAUAGAGUGGGCUAAUGAGAUGCCUUCUGGGCGUGACAUGCUAGCUUGGAUUGCCAGUCAACUGAGCGCGCCCGAAGACGCGGUCCAUGAUGAUGAUAUAUUGGCCUCCCUGACUGCGAUCGCACUCGACGAUGCUGAGCUCAAGUUGGCAAACGAUCUCUCGGACGGCGACGAAUCACUUAGCCAAGAACACCUCGACCGAUAUAUAUCACUAAUAAGACUCGAGGCACAAAGUCGCUAUAAGAACACCGAGGCGGAGCUCCUGGAGGCGGAAAUGGACGUCCUGAAAUGCCGAAUACAGCAAACGAGGGUAGCCAACAAAAAGGCUACUGCUCUCAUUGGACAGCGCAAGGAGAAUAUCAUUACAACAGACAAGAGUCUUGCUACCAUUCACGAACGUUUGACCGAUAUCUCCAGUCAAACCGACGGCAGACUGCUCGCGGCCAAGGAGUCCGCCGCAAUCCUCAUCGAUGCUCUUGCGGACAGCUGCCGCGUGGACUACACAUCCGACUUGGCGAGGCUUACUCGCCGGCGUACAGCCAUCGUCAAGCGGUUUCAGCAGAUCGUGACCACUGGGAACAGGCAGUCCGUACAUACAGCGGACGACCUACAUGAAGAGGCUGCCAGGUUGGACGACGUGCUACAGACCCUCAGCAAGCAGAUCACGCACACGUAUGAGAUCAAGGUCGACAAAGUACAUGUACGGCGUGAGCUCUCUCAGGCUUGGAAUCUGGAUCAGCUUGAGACGUUGCGAGCUCACGAGGGAGCACUUGACUCGGCAGUGAACGCUCUCGAAGCUGAGGUUCUCAAUCCGCUAUCUGACAUUCAGGAUGAGCUAGUCGCCAAAAGCACCCUCAUAGCGGAUGCAGAGGCCGUCAUUGGCGCUCUUGCCGAAGAGCUGGAAGAGGCCGUGGAGGACUGCGAGGAGGCAAAACAGGCGGUCGCAUGUAUGACUCGCGCCUCGGACCUACGACAUGCAAACGAUCUUGAGUCGCGACUGAAAGCGACUCUCAAGAGCUCUGAAGGUGCGUUGAAGAGUCUACGCUCCUGGAUCUCAAUCAUCAUGCAGAUUGCAGGCAAUCGCCCCGCUGGAAGUCCACCCAUGAUCUUGCUCAAUCAGCAAGAUAUUUUCGAAGAAAUCCAACGUCGGUUUAAGGCCUCCACCGACUCGGCACAGCAAGAACUAGCAAAGGCGAAUACCCUUGCAGCAGAGCUUCGGAGCUUCCGCUCGUCGCACAAUACAUUGCUGAAAGCUGUGUACGCCAACUCACCGGUCAACACUUCUCCGCCUUUCCCUGCUUCCGCGGCAAGUUCUGCGGCCGAGCAGUCUGGUCGCGGCAAGAAAGAGAGAUUAGCAGAAGGGGCCAAACAUCUAUCCACGGAACUGGCCGGAAUCGAUUCGGACAGAACUCAACGACAUUUGGAUGCUUUCAUCAAGAAAACCAUGCAAUGACAUUGGUUCUGUGAAGAGAUCUAAACACGUGUAACAUUCUCAACAUGGUCUGCCCGUGUAUACAAUAGGGCAACAGGUACAAGACUCCUAAUCGUCAUCGUGCAUCAUCUGCGCGCGCCUCGCGAGCUAGGAUGGUGGUCAGAUGUGGUACAAGACAGAAAACAGCAAGAUAACUCACCGCUGCGGCCAGGUCCAUCUGCCCACCAGGAGCUGCAGGCUUCGCAACAGGCGCUGGCUUCGCGGCGCCUCCGCCUGGCUUC